AUGUCUUCUUCUACUUCUAAUCCCAUGUUGAGCUACAUUGGUGGUGCAGCCAUUGCUGGCAUUGCUGCAUUAACUGCUAUUUACAAUGAUCGCGCCGUAUUUGAUCCAAAGCGUGAAGGCAUUAAAACUCAAUCUGGAUGGCCUUUGGUGGGCAAUCUACCAAUUUUGAUUCAAUACAAGGAGAAGAUUCAUGAUUUCUUGUUGGAAGGAUUCACUCAAUUGGACGAGAUGACGCUAACCAUGUCUGCUUUGGGCAUUCCUCGUCAUAUUGCAACUCUGGAUCCAAGAAAUGUCGAGCAUGUAUUGAAGAACAACUUUGAAAACUACAUCAAGGGCCCUGAAUUCCAUGCUUCGCUUGUCAGUCUCUUUGGAAACGGCAUCUUCAAUGCAAAUGGCGAAGAUUGGAAGUACCAGCGUAAAACAGCAAGUCAUAUCUUUAACGUCAAAAACUUUAGAGAUCACUUUACAGACGUUUUUGUGGAAGAGAUUGAAUUCAUGUCAAGCCAUAUCUGGGACAAGGCAGCCGAUAAUCAGCAGAUUGUUGAUUUCCACGACAUUAUGUUUAAAUUCACAUUGGAUUCCUUCAUUUUGCUUGGUUUUGGUGUUCAUUUGAAUGCCUUGAAAUCCGACGGUAAAGUGCCAUUUGCAGCAGCCUUUGACGAAGCACAAAAGACCACAUUCCAGCGAUUUGUCAAUCCUAUUUGGCCCAUCACUGAACGCUUGCUGAGCAUUGCCAUGCCCUGGAAAUCCAGCAUGAACAAUCACUUGGAAGUAGUGGAUACUUUUGCAAGAGAAGUAACCGAAAAGCGUCGCAUUGAAAUUGCCAAUGGCGAAGUACAUCGUGAUCUGCUCUCUCGUUUUAUGGAUGCUCGUAAUGCGCAAGGCGAGCUCUUGAACAACGAUGAACUUCGCGACAUUGUGUUGAAUUUUGUUAUUGCAGGCAGAGAUACCACAGCCCAAGCUCUUUCAUGGACAUUCUACAUGCUCCUCUGUCAUCCUCGUGUGGAAGAGAAAUUGCUCAAGGAAAUCAACGAAAACAUCAAUGAGGAAGUAAUGCACGACUCACCCGCACUGUUUGAAGUCAUCAAGAACAUGAAAUAUGCCCAUGCCGUCUUUUAUGAAGUGCUAAGACUCUAUCCUUCUGUGCCAUUGAACCAGAAAUAUGCUCUCAAUGAUGACAUUUGGCCCGAUGGUACUCAGAUUCGCAAAGGCGAUUACAUCUUGUGGUGUCCUUACGCUCAAGGCAGAUGUGAAAAGGUGUGGGGCCAAGAUGCAAAGAAUUUCAAGCCUGAACGCUGGAUCAACGAGCAAGGAGAGUUGCGCAGAGAGAGCCAAGGCCAAUGGCCAGCAUUCCAUGCAGGACCACGUGUUUGCCUUGGCCAGCAUUUAGCUACGCUAGAAGCGCUGGUAGCUAUCAUCUUCCUUUUGAAGAGAUACAAGUUUAGUUUAGUUGCUGGUCAAAAUAUCACCUACCAAGUAUCUCUCACGUUGCCCAUGGCAGAAGGCAUGAAAGUGAUGGUUGAAAAGAGGGAGCAAAUUUAA